AUGAAGCUCUCCUUGGUUGCUCUCGCAAUUUCUGCCACCUUGACUGUCGCUGCACCUACAAUGAACACGCGUCAUGUGUCUAAUGAAGGACACGCGGAAAGUGAAACUGCUAAGCGUGGUGCGGGCUUGUUCCAGGGCACCUUCUGCGAAGACGACAUCGAAAAGUGCGGUACACCCCUAUUCAUGGCCAACGACCGUGAAGCGGACAUGGAAAAGCGUGGUGAUGCCUUGUUCAAUGGGAACUUCCGCGAAGCCGACAUCGAAAAGCGUGCUACCCAUCUAUUCAUGGAAAACGCCCGUGAAGCGGACAUGGAAAAGCGAGGUACGGCCGUAUUCAUGGCCAGCGACCGCAAAGCCGACAUCUAG